AUGGAUUCUAGCGACAACCCAGUCAAAUCUCGAGCUAACUCCUCCAUGAAAAUGUCUAGACACCAUAGUGGGGAUAAAAGAAAAAACAAACACAGGAAGGGGAAAGGAAAGAAGAAAAUGUAUGGUGCCCAAGUGAUUUCAGCAUCACUUGAGCAGUUGGAAGGUGAUCGGCUCCACCUCUUCACGCUGUGGUUCCUACGGGAUAAAGAAAAUUGUAAGUCGUACUGUGCUGCCAAGACACCUUAUUCGAGAUUUGAGUUCAUCGAGUACUGUUUCGAGCGUGACAGUCUAUCCAUUAACCGUAAGGGGUGA